AUGUUGAGUAAACAAUUCAUUCGUGGUUUCAAAUCAACCCCAAUUGUGAAAAACUAUGCAUCCACUAUUCCAAACUUGAAAGUAACCAAAGACACCAAGGUUAUCUACCAAGGUUUCACCGGUAAACAAGCUACAUUCCACGCCGAACAAGCAAUUGCUUACGGUACACAAGUUGUUGGUGGUAUAAAUCCUAGAAAGGCUGGCCAAACACACUUGGACAGACCUGUCUUUGCUACCGUGGCUGAUGCUAUUAAGGAAGCCGGUGCCACUGCUACCGGUAUUUUCGUUCCACCACCACUUGCCGCUGGUGCUAUCGAAGAAGCAAUUGCUGCUGAAAUCCCAUUAGCUGUUGCCAUCACCGAAGGUAUUCCACAAAAGGAUAUGGUUAGAAUUGCCCAAAUCUUGAAGACGCAAGAUAAGACCAGAUUAGUUGGUCCAAACUGUCCUGGUUUAAUUGCUCCAGAACAAUGUAAGAUUGGUAUUAUGCCAUCAAGUAUCCACAAGAGAGGUAAGGUUGGUGUCAUUUCCAAGUCAGGUACUUUGACCUAUGAAGCCGUUGCUCAAACUACUGCUGUCGGUUUGGGUCAAUCGUUGGUUAUUGGUAUGGGUGGUGAUCCAUUCCCAGGUACCAACUUCAUCGACGCCUUGACUUUGUUUUUGAAUGAUCCAGAGACUGAAGGUAUUAUCAUGAUUGGUGAAAUUGGUGGAAGUGCCGAAGAAGAAGCCUCAGAGUUCUUGAAACAACACAACUUGACUAGACCAGAAGGUGCCAAGCCAGUUGUUGGUUUCAUUGCUGGUGUUUCUGCCCCACCAGGUAGAAGAAUGGGCCAUGCUGGUGCAAUUGUCGCUGGUGGUAAAGGUGAUGCCAAGUCCAAGAUUGCCGCUUUGGAAUCUGCCGGUGUUGUUGUUGAAAAAUCACCAGCUAGAUUAGGUCACUCCUUGAGCUUUUCCCAGUCAUUUAUAGCUUACAAGACAAACACAUCAACUCAUACGAAAGAAAAUGUACAUGAUCUCAAGACAUUCCUUACAUUGAUUGGCCGUAAUUGCGUCGAACACUUGGAUUUAUUUGAAGGAGAUUUGAACAAGUUUAUUGAAACACCAAGUAAGAAAAUGAAAGAAAUGGGUAUAGAUACAAGAACAAGAAGAUACAUGUUGAGAUGGAAACACAAAUUUGUUAAUAAUUUAGAACCAUUGAGAGAACACAAGAGAGGAGUCAAGAAGAAUGGAGGUGAGAGAAAGGCAAAGACAGUGAAGGCAAAGAGGAAGGCGUUGCAGAGGUUAGAAGACAAGGAGAAGUUCAGUCAAGAGGAAAUGGAUGCAGAACAUAGAGGUGAAAGAUUGUUUUAG